AUGGAUGAAAACCAUACAGAAGUGAGAGAAUUUGUUCUGGCAGGCUUCUCACAGUCACCAUCAAUUGAGGCAGGGCUAUUUGCUUUAUUCCUUUUCUUCUAUGUGUCCACUUGGUUAGGCAAUGUUCUGAUUAUGGUCACAGUGGCCUCUGAUAGACAUCUGAAUUCAUCCCCUAUGUAUUUUCUUCUUGGCAACCUUUCUUUCCUGGAUCUAUGUUAUUCAACAGUAACUACCCCAAAGCUUCUGGUUGACUUUCUCAAUGAUGCAAAGCUCAUUCCUUAUGACCAGUGCAUAGUGCAGCUCUUUUUCCUGCAUCUUGUAGGAGCAGCUGAGAUGUUCCUGCUCACAAUAAUGGCCUAUGAUCGUUAUGUUGCAAUUUGUCGUCCCCUACACUACACCACUAUCAUGAGUCGGGGAUUAUGCUGUAUGUUGGUAGCUGCCUCUUGGAUGGGAGGAUUUGUGCAUUCUACUGUCCAGACUAUCCUCACCAUUCGCCUGCCCUUCUGUGGACCAAACCAUGUGGACAACUUCUUCUGUGAUGUUCCUCCUGUCAUCAAACUUGCUUGUGCAGACACAUUUGUCAUUGAAUUGCUUAUGGUAUCUAACAGCGGGCUGAUUUCUACCACCUCCUUUGUGGUGCUAAUUUCUUCCUACACUACUAUUCUAGUCCGAAUUCGCUCCAAGAAAGGGAGACGAAAAGCACUUUCUACUUGCGGAUCACAUCUCAUGGUGGUAACAUUAUUUUUUGGACCCUGUAUUUUCAUAUAUGCUCGUCCCUUUUCCUCUUUUUCUGUGGACAAAUUGGUGUCUGUACUCUAUAAUGUUAUCACGCCCAUGCUUAAUCCUCUCAUCUACACUCUUCGGAACAAAGAAGUCAAAUCAGCCAUGAGAAAGCUAUGGAAUAGAAGUCGAUUUAUAAGAAAAACUGAAGAAAUAAGUUGA